GGUGAUGUUUUGUCCACACAGAUGUGACGGAGGCCAUGCAGGUGACAUCUACAGGACCACAGACCGUCCAGAAGGCCCAAGGAGAGACUUUCCAGUUGGGGUGCACCUACACGCCCGGAGUCCAAGACACGGGUGAGUUGGACAUCGAGUGGUCCAAGCUCAGCCCAGACAUGACGCAGAAAGACCGGCUGAUCUUGGCCUACGCCGGAGGCCAAAUGAUCAACUAUGACUCCAGCCUGUCCAAAAGGCUGAGCCUGGUAGGAGACCUCAAGCAGGGGGACGCCUCCAUCUCUCUGGCGGAGGUGAGGCUGGCGGACACGGCCACCUACCAGUGCAAGGUCAAGAAGGGUCAGGGUGUGGACACCCGCAAAGUCACUCUCGUGGUGAUGGUCCCCCCCUCGGAACCAAAAUGUUGGGUUGACGGCAAGGAGGAGAAAGGUGCUCCAGUCUCCCUCCGCUGCAAAUCCUACCAGGGAUCCUCGCCUCUCACCUACACCUGGAGCAGAGAAAGCGGGGGGGCAAUGCCGCCCGUCCAGGCGCUGGAUGUGGAAGCGGCGCAGAGCGGGGAGUUGCUGAUCAAGAACCACUCCAACAGCUACGUUGGAACUUACCUGUGCGAGGCCAGGAACCCCGUCGGCAAGAUGCAGUGCAGAUAUUCACUGAAGGCACACAACCCCACCGAUAAAGUGGGCGUGAUCGUGGGUGCGGUGAUCGGCGCUCUGCUGCUCCUGCUCCUCCUCCUGCUCCUCAUCUGGCUCCUGGUCUGCUGCUGCCGCAGACGUCGCUACGAGAAAGAGGUUGCAAAUGAAAUCAGAGAGGACACCCGGGCCCCAGAGAGCCAGCCCCCCAGCAGAAACUCCAGCUACCGCUCAGUGCUGGGCUACCGAACCCACCAGGGGGUGUCCUACAGCUCCGUGGGGAACCGCCUGCCCAGUCUCAACAGCAACAGUGACAAGGGAUCGGCGGGGGGGAGGCGGCUUUCUCCCCUCAAAUAUGACAGUCGCUAUGGUUACCCCGUGUAACCACGACUCAUGCACUUGAUGAACUUAUUGGAAUGAACUCGAGCUUUUAGCAGCACUUCUUGGCGGGAAAACAGCAGCAUGUUUAACACGAGGAUGGUGGCGCCUUUUUUUAAAUGUCAUAGUCAUCAUGCACUGUAACAUAUACUCAAUGUGACUAUGAACAUUAUAUAUAUAUACUCAAUGGGACUAUGAACAUUAUAUAUAUAUAUACUCAAUGUGACUAUGAACAUUAUAUAUAUAUACUGAAUGGGACUAUGAACAUUAUAUAUAUAUACUGAAUGUGACUAUGAACAUUAUAUAUAUAUACUGAAUGUGACUAUGAACAUUAUAUAUAUAUACUGAAUGGGACUAUGAACAUUAUAUAUAUAUAUACUGAAUGGGACUAUGAACAUUAUAUAUAUAUACUGAAUGGGACUAUGAACAUUAUAUAUAUAUACUGAAUGUGACUAUGAACAUUAUAUAUAUAUACUGAAUGGGACUAUGAACAUUAUAUAUAUAUACUGAAUGGGACUAUGAACAUUAUAUAUAUAUACUGAAUGGGACUAUGAACAUUAUAUAUAUAUACUCAAUGUGACUAUGAACAUUAUAUAUAUAUACUGAAUGGGACUAUGAACAUUAUAUAUCACCUUCAUCUAGAGCUUGGAAAGUGGGACCUCCAUCUUUAUCCACUGAGACCAAAGCCAGGAGUCAACAACCCAACAUGUUGAAAGAGCCACAUUGGAUCAAAAAUACAGAAAACUAAUCCGUCUGGAGACACAAAAAAUGAAAAGUCAUAUUUAAGUGUAAUAAUGAAGGAAACACUUGAUGUUGGUGUCGAUGUUAGCCUACUAUCAAAAUGACGUGUGUCGCAGACUGAAACAAGUUUGUUGACAGAAAUGUUGAAAUGUAAUAUUUAUUCUACACAUUUUUGCAACAUUGGAAAUAAUUGGUAAAAUGGAGGCUUCUGUCAGGAUGAGACAACUUCUGGAAAUGAGUGGCUCAGAAUGUCCAAAGGUCUGUCUUCUUCUGAUAUAUUUAUUGCAGUCUUUGCAAGCUAUGUAAGGUUUGCUGUGGUCUGGAACAACAUGGCACACAACUAUGAGAAGUGAAGCCAAUAUUACAUACAGAUAAUGUGUCAUGACACAUGCAAAUAUAAAUGAUAUACAGAGAGGAUAAGAAUAAAGUAUAUUAAAUGAUCUCAAAUAUAACAACAAAGGAGGCAUAAUGAUGCAAUAUGUACAUCCAGCUAGCCUAAAUAGCAUGUUAGCAUCAAUUAGCUUGCAGUCAUGCAGUGACCAAAUAUGUCUGAUUAGCACUCCAACAAGUCAAUAACAUCAACUAAGCUCACCUUUGUGCAUUCACGCACAGCAUAAAACUUUUGGUGUACAAAAUGAGACAAAGAAGGAGUGGAAGAUUUGACAUGAAAACAAACUGUUGUGUCAUAGACCACACUAUGGUGAGUUCAAGGACCAUUGAAAUGAGUAGGACAAAAGGAUGUUGGCCAAAUAGUUUCAUCAGUGAAACACACACACACACACACAGGCACGCACACACACACACACACACAGGCACGCACACACACACACACACACACACGCACCAAGCACACACACACACACACACACACACACACACACACACACACACACACACACACACACACACACACACACACACACACACGCACGCACACGCACGCACACACACACACACACACACACACACGCACCAAGCACACACACACACACACACACACACACACACACGCACCAAGCACACACACACACACACACACACACACACACACACACGCACACACAUUCAAAAGCUAGUUCUAACAAUGGGUAAGAUUUGUGUCAUGUUUGUCCUCAAACUAAAAUACAUACUAAAACACCAAAAUA